AUGGGUAACGUUUCAGGGCUCACACAAACUGAUGUUUCUCUCCCGCUGCAGAGAGAGAGCUCCCACACCGAGGAGCUGCUGGUCCAGAGGAGUGGCACCAACACGGAGGGCAUCAUGGACGACGCUGCUCCCUCGUGGCAAAACGACUCGUUUCUCCCGUUCGACACGACAGCUACUAUGUCGCCACGGGUGGACAAAGCCCUCAAAAUACUCAGCGCAUCUAUGUUAUGCAUAGUCAUGGUUUCAGUGGGAUGCACCAUAGAGCUGUUCAAGAUCAAGAUGCACAUCAUGAAGCCGAAGGGUUUGGUGAUAGCUCUGCUCUGUCAGUAUGGAGUCAUGCCUUUCACCGCCUUUUGCCUCGCUAAGGCGUUCCAGCUGACGGACAUGAGGGCCUUGGUGAUUCUGAUCUGUGGCUGCGCUCCUGGAGGAAACCUCUCCAACGUCCUCACUCUGGCUCUGAAGGGUGACAUCAACCUCAGUAUCGUGAUGACUACCUGCUCCAUGUUCCUGGCUCUGGGGAUGAUGCCCCUGCUGCUGUUGAUCUACUGUCAGGGUUUCCCUCACCUGCAGGAAGCUCUGCCCUACAUCGGCAUCAUCAUAGCUCUCUGCCUGCUCGUCAUAGCCAGCGGAGUCGGCAUCCUCAUCAACUUCUACAGGCCAAAGUAUGCCAAAAUUGUCAAAAAGGUUGGCUUCAGUUUAGCGGCGGCCUGUUUGUUGGCGUGCAUUGUCAUCUGUGCCAUGGAGUUCUCCUUCUGGAAAAUAGUGACUCCUCCUCUGUUGGUCUCCGCCGCUCUGAUGCCUCUCAUUGGCUACACCGUCGGCUACCUCAUCUCAUCGCUGUGCCGGCUCAGCCAACCGGAGCGGAGGACCGUCGCUAUGGAAACAGGCUGUCAGAACUCCCAACUUUGCACCGCCCUCCUAAAAAACGCCUUUCCUCCCGCGGCGAUGGGACCCCUGUUCAUGUUCCCCUUGGUCUUCGCCUUCUUCCAAAUCACAGAGGGGUUUGUGAUCGCCGGGCUGUUCAGGUUACUUCGGAGGUUCACGCAAAAAAAGAAAGUCUCAGCUGCGGAGACGUACGAGCCAGCAGCCACUGACGACGUAACCACGACAGGCUCAGUUCAAAUGCCUCCUGAUCUGUGA